GAAUCGGCAAGAGCGCAUUGUCGUCCGCGCGCGCACCCCAGCAUCUUUCUUUUUUGAUGAGAUGAGAGCACAGAGGCCAACAGCGUCGCCAUCGCCUGAGCUGAUCUCUAGCUAGCUACACACGACCAAGCAGGUGUCGAGCGACCGACGGUUCCAUCUCUAAGCGUGACAAGCUCCGCGUCCGCCCGCCCCCGCCAUGACGAUGAACAAGCUCGCUUGGGGCGAUCUGGAGGCGGCGCUCCUCCGCGGCCGGGGCCCCGACGCCGCGUCGGUCGGAAGCGCCGCUGGUGGCCGGUCGGCCGGCGUCGCCAACUGGGUGAACACCGAGCUGCGGCUCCGCCCGCCCAGCAAGUACGUCAAGGUGAUGAAGCGAGGAGCUCCCUACCUGCGGAAGCUGGACCUGACGGAGUACCGCGGGUACGAGGAGCUCAGUGCUGCGCUGGGCGAGCUCUUCGGCCUCGCCGGCGACUUCUCCGUGACCUACCAGCUGGACGAGGACGGCGACUUCAUGCUCGCCGGCGACCUGCCGUGGGGGGAUUUCGUUUCCAAGUGCAAGAAGCUGACGGUUUCAUCACCCGGUGAGCCGAUCUACGAGUAGUUGUGUUUCUGUGAAGCAGGGCAGGCUGCAUGCAUCUUAGCUGCCUGCAUGUUACAGGAAUGAAACAAACGACAAUUUAUAUAUACAUGCAGACAAAUUCAGAGAUGGUCAACUGAAUUCAUUCCUGUGAAUCGCGUACGUGUUCAUCA